UGCAGUAAGCCCUGAUUCCGAAUUCGGAAUAUCCCGACACCAGAGCUACCGCUCCCUCCGGCAAUGCGCACUUCCACGCUGAUCCUCGUGGGCCUUGUACUGGCGCUGUACUUGGUCCUGGUUCUGGGUGCCCCACAGAGGUGCAAGGGCAAGCCUAGUACCCCAAAAUGCGAUGGGGCAAAGGACUCCGGAAAUAACAGCAAGCGGAAGUGCAAGAAGCAGGCCAACAAAGCCAUGUGGCACUAUAAUGCAGUAAGCAAGUCUUGCACCUCACUGGACUACAAGGGCUGUGGGGGAAACAUGAAUCGGUGGUGCAGCAAGCAGGCCUGUGAGACAGCAUGCCGACGGUGAACCUUCCUGGUGCCAAAGGCCUAAAUCAAUAAUUUAAUUUUCAAAAUUGUACUUUAUGCUAUUAAAUUAUUCUGAGAACGGAAA